GGAGGAGGCGAGAAGAUGGCGGACGACCCCAGUGCUGCCGACAGGAACGUGGAGAUCUGGAAGAUCAAGAAGCUCGUCAAGAGCUUGGAGGCGGCCCACGGCAGUGGCACAAGCAUGAUAUCAUUGAUCAUUCCUUCCAAAGACCAGAUUUCAUGAGUGGCAAAAAUGUUAGCAGAUGAGUUUAGAACUGCAUCUAACAUUAAGUCACGAGUAAACCGCCUUUCAGUCCUGGGAGCCAUUACGUCUGUACAACAAAGACUCAAACUUUAUAACAAAGUACCUCCAAAUGGCCUGGUUGUUUACUGUGGUACAAUUGUUACAGAAGAAGGAAAAGAAAAGAAAGUCAACAUUGACUUUGAACCUUUCAAACCAAUUAAUACGUCAUUGUAUUUGUGUGACAACAAAUUCCAUACAGAGGCUCUGACAGAACUACUUUCAGAUGACAGCAAGUUUGGCUUCAUUGUAAUAGAUGGUAGUGGUGCACUUUUUGGCACACUCCAAGGGAACACGAGAGAAGUCCUGCACAAAUUCACUGUGGAUCUCCCAAAGAAACAUGGUAGAGGAGGUCAAUCAGCCUUGCGUUUUGCUCGUUUAAGAAUGGAAAAGCGACAUAACUAUGUUCGGAAAGUAGCUGAGACUGCUGUACAGCUGUUUAUUUCUGGGGACAAAGUGAAUGUGGCUGGUCUUGUUUUAGCUGGAUCAGCUGACUUUAAAACUGAACUAAGUCAAUCUGAUAUGUUUGAUCAGAGGUUGCAAUCAAAAGUUUUAAAAUUAGUUGAUAUUUCCUAUGGUGGUGAAAAUGGAUUCAACCAAGCUAUUGAGUUAUCUACUGAAGUUCUCUCCAACGUGAAAUUCAUUCAAGAGAAGAAAUUAAUAGGACGAUACUUUGAUGAAAUCGGCCAGGACACGGGCAAGUACUGUUUUGGAGUUGAAGAUACACUAAAGGCUUUAGAAAUGGGAGCUGUAGAGAUUCUAAUAGUCUAUGAAAAUCUGGAUAUAAUGAGAUAUGUUCUUCAUUGCUAAGGCACAGAAGAGGAGAAAAUUCUCUAUCUAACUCCAGAACAAGAGAAGGAUAAAUCUCAUUUCACAGACAAAGAGACAGGACAAGAACAUGAGCUGAUUGAGAGCAUGCCCCUGCUGGAAUGGUUUGCUAACAACUAUAAAAAAUUUGGAGCUACGUUGGAAAUUGUCACAGAUAAGUCACAAGAAGGAUCCCAGUUUGUGAAAGGAUUUGGUGGAAUUGGAGGUAUCUUGCGGUACCGAGUAGAUUUCCAGGGAAUGGAAUACCAAGGAGGAGAUGAUGAAUUUUUUGACCUUGAUGACUACUAGGUAGUCGACAUGGGUCCGGCAAAACAUGCCUCACCCUCCAGCAUCCAACCCAAGGAGCAUACCCAUGGUGGAAUCCAAACAGAUCCCUGCCUUACAAUUGGAACAUUUCCAGAACUUAAUCCAUGAGCAUUGGAUAUUGAAAAGAAAACCGAAACAAAACCAGACCCACCCCUACACUUUGGUUUGUCAUGGUGUCAGCACAGCAGCAUACAACUAAGUUCCUAAAAUGCCACUUUGGACUAAUUUAAAAAAGAAUCCCAGUUUUUACUUUUACUCGAUGGUGAAAUUGGUUGCUCUUGUAUUUUAUGAAAAAAAAAAUGAUUUUUUUAACCUUCAUACAUAGAAUCAAAAAUACUUUAACUGCUGUAAACCUUCAAAAGUUAAU